UCCGCCCCCAGGAGAUGAUAUCACGGAGAAAUAUCGUUCCGAAUCCUGCAAUGUCCUACCACGUACUACUACUACAAUGCUAGUGUUAAGCAGCCGACGACGUCAGAUCGAGUUACACCGCUCACUCGUUCGUUUGUAUCCCUCCUUGCAACUUGAACUAUUGGCAGUGCCUUCUGAUACGCGGGUCCCUUAUCUCGCAUAAGGAAAAAGCAAUAUCUCCAACCUAGUACCGUUCCAGUUGGAUAGAAUCCGUUAUCUGUGUUGUGUAUAACGUUGCUGUUCUCUCCCGCGUCCAUCGAUCACACCUGCAGAACUCUGAACGAUAUGUCUGUGCAGCAAGUAUGACGGCGGAAAUCAGUACCAUAUAUCGAGAUAUCUAUACCCAAUAACACCAUCUCACAACGAACGUGUGGCAGCCCCCCCCAGGUGGGCGUGAAACACCUCGACUUGUAUCCGUCAAAAAGCAUCAGGGCUCUUCUGUCCGUCAAUUCAAACCUACCUCUACCACGAUCAACUCAACACGGCGGAGUCGAGACGAAGGGAAGGAAACCUGAUCGUUCUGACACAUGGAAUCCCACGUCCAGCGUCUGGUGGACCAGACAUGGGAAAAGUUCUCCAAUUGCGAUCACUCGCAACGCCUACUGAUCGCGAUAUCCGGCAUCCCUGGCAGCGGGAAGACAACACUAGCCGCCGCGGUGGUCCACGGAUUGAACAAGAAGCACCAUGAAUCAAUGCAUAGAAAGUACCCCAACCGACCGGUGGCACCGGACCCAUCAAACCCGGACAUUGCAUUCGUGAUCCCGCUCGACGGCUACCACCUGACUCGUAAGCAACUGGCGGAGAUGCCCAACGCCGAGGAAGCCAUAUUCCGACGCGGAGCGGCCUUCACCUUUGAUGCGCAAAGCUACCUGAAGCUGGUGGAGGAGUUGCGCAAGCCCAUUUCGCCCGAGACACCGACCAUCUACGCGCCCAGCUUCGACCACGCCAUCAAGGACCCCGUGGCCAACGACAUUGCGAUCCCGCCCACGGCGCGCAUUGUGGUCUUUGAAGGCCUGUACACGGCACUGGAUGCCGACGGCUGGCGUGAUGCUCAUGCGCUCAUGGACGAGACGUGGUUCGUCGAUGUCGACAUUGACACCGCCACGCAGCGGGUGGCUAAGCGCAACUUCGCCGCCGGAAUCACAAAGACGUUUGACGAGUCUCUGGCACGCACCAAGGAGAGCGAUAUGCGGAAUGCUCGUGAUAUCUUGGACCAUCGACUGCCUGUGCAAGAGGUCAUCUCGAGCAUAGAAGACGAGAGCUGGCGCAGCGAGGAGGUUCUGAGGGUUGACGACGAAUUGGAGGCCCGGGACAGUCGAGACGAGGAAGACGAGAAGAGGAUGAGGCGUGAGAAAAUGUUACGCAUGGACAGUAUUGCUGCUCUGGCUGCAGACGGCGUUGGUAUGUGAUGUAUUGAUGAAUGGAUCAGGAAGGACUCUUCACCAUGCAAACGCAGAUCGAUUGAAGCUCGAUGGGACUGCUGCUGCUGCUGGUGCUGCUGCGGUAGUAGUAGAUCAUCUACAGUACGUACUACUUGAAGUCUGCAAUGACACGCAUCACCAUACUACUGCACUACCCGAUAUCUUCUACUCGAUAUCCACUACUCUCAUCGACGAUACUCACAUUCCAAUAUAUUUGUUUACAGUAGUUG